AUGGAGCCAUGCGACGAACAAAGACCUACGUGUCAACGCUGCAAGACCAGCCGCACUCAGUGCGAGGGGUAUGCACCCCCGAAAACAUGGACUUUCGAGCCCACACGGCAACCCUCGAGAGCCGUCUCGAGCCUUCAGCGUCCAGUUGCCGACGUUCUCGGCGAACGGAGUCCCGGAAUUAGGCUGUACCCCUCCAAAGACUUGCACUAUCAUGGAACCUUUGCUGGACACCAUGGCGAAUGGAUGGCCUACGAGUACUUUGCUAAGAUGACUGCACCUGUCGCGGGAACAUGGGCAGCCCCAGAACUAUGGCAGGGGCUCCUGUUGCGGGCCGCUUGGGUGGACGCUGCCAUAAAGGACUGUAUUGUGUCCCUCGCGAUCACCUCUAUAGAAGAAGGACACCCCGAAUUCAAGACGCCUACACUAAAGACUCUACGCUCACGGGACUAUUAUUAUUUUCGGGCUGUUAGUCUGCUUAGUAGGCAGCACAACAAGCCUAUGGAACUGUGUCUUAUCGCCAGUGUCACUUUCUGGCACUUUGACCUGUUCAAUCGCCGUCCUCUGCGAGCGAUGUUACACUUACAUGCCACAACAAGCCUGCUGCGGUCCAUGCGGCGGAGCCCACCAUUUUCGACAGCCCUGACCGCGGAUAUCGAGAAAUUGUUGUGCUCACUGGCUGGCAUAGAAUGUCUCCAUGAAAGCAGCAACGUCUCUCACAUGCUUCCGCCUUCCGAGGGCCUCUCGAUCAACACACAAUCGGCAAAGAUCCACGGCUUUCUAUCACUCAAUGCAGCUCGCGCCAGCCUUUCACGGUGUCUCUGGGCUGCAGUAUUGGCAUACGAUCCGUCGCCACCCGCCCAUCUGCUGCGUGACCUGGCCGAUCUUGAGUACAUUGUCUUUGAGAAGGAAGUGGACGGACUUCUGGACUUUUCGGACCUGCCGUUCUGUACUCUCAACGAUUGCCUGAACCUUCUUAACUCCUGGCAACGGUGGAUGUGGCUGACCCCAAACACUAUAAUCCCAUUCAUAGGGAGACAAUCUCUACUACUCCAUGCGCAGUUGCUCCAAUCGAUCAUCCAAAGAGAUGUGAACAAUGGCAAAGAGGAAACUCAUGGUCUUGAAUUGAACGAUGAAUUCUUGUUUGUCCGAGUUCUUGAUGCUGUCGCCGAUAUUGUCAGGGAGACAAGACAUCGCAAACGAAGCUAUCUAGAAACUAGUAAUACCAAGCCCACAAGCCUUCGGGCGCUUGUACUCUUCAUCCUACAGCGCACGAGCCUGCAAGAUACGUUUGUGAGGGCAACCCAACUUAUGCAAGACGUUGAAAUCAUGGAGAAAGGCACGGACACUGUCCUGUUAAUGUGGAUGGGUUUUACAUAUGAGAGCACCAAAGCAGCCGGCCCGCCAAUAGGCUGA